GAUUAAAGCACAUUCAGUUCCAAAAAAAAAAAAAAAGGAUAUAGAAAUGUGACGCCAUCCUUUAUUUAGCCCAUCGAUUUUCCUUUAUUUCCUCUAGCCCAACUAUAGCAACCCCUCACCUUGUUCAUGCGGCUCGUUAGAGGUCGGAUUGUUUCCAAUGGGACCGCCAUGAAGUCUUUUCUGCCGAGACUCGGACCAAUACCACCACGCAGCAGCAUCUGCUCUACAUCGACAGCGUUGUCGCGACCGCAGCUCCGCCAACGACAGUUCCACCGCACCCCGCCCGUCCGACUCCCACACCGCCGUACUUUCUUCACCUCCAAUGCCCUCCUCCAGCAGGAUGGCACUGAGUCUGUCCGCAGCGGAAGCCAGACAGUUGGCAGAAGGAAUGGCUCCGAGACGGACGCCAAUGCCAACGCCAACGGCCACGGCAACGACGAGAAGUCGGCCGCCCAAAAGAAGCGCAAGCCCCCCUUGAAGAGCUCUCUUCACCGCCUGGCCAUUGUCGCGCAGAAGGGCGUACCCGGCAAGCCGCUUUCCGCACCUCCCUCUGACGCGCCAGUCGCCGUCACAGAUGGCAGCUCCACCAUCAGCGCCGUCUGCAUAGCCGAGUCGUUCGAUAUGGACAGGGUGGCGUCCAUAUUAGCCCACCACGGCUUCUCUCUCGACCCGGAUAACACAGGGUUCGAGGUGCACGAGGUGGUACAUGCGCGCGGCCUCAACCAAGGCGACAUCUUUGUCUUUCCUUCGGGCACCGUGGUUACGUGGGCGCUGCCGCCCGACAUCGUCAACACACUGGCCACUAAGCACUUACUGCCAGCCGCUGGAUCGCCCUUUGUAGCCGAAAAAGAAGUCGAGGACCUCGACUUCAUAGUGGACCCGAAGGAAGAGCAAAGCCGAGUGAGCGGUGACGUGGUGGUGCUUGGCACGCAGCGCGAAGUGGUAGCCGGCGACCGCCUAGACACUACUCUGGCCAAAAUCGCCUUCUCGUCGGGUCUGGCGCGCAGCACCAAGUUGGCGGUCCUGGAAGGCUCGCUCACCCGUUACCUCGAGAGCACACGGCACAUCCCAGAUAGGCUCUCCCAAGGUCUCAAGGCACCGCUGUCCCGCGGCCUGAUCCUGCAGAAGACUGGCGAACUGCUCAACCUGCGCAGUCAACUCAACCACUACAAUGACCUGACGGACGCACUUCCUGACAUCUUCUGGGAUACCGAGGAGAAGUUGGAGACGUACUAUUCCAAAAUUGGCAAGGCCUUGGACGUCGGCGUCCGCAUCAAGACGCUCAACGACAAGAUGACAUAUGCUCAACAAGUCGUCAGCGUGGCACAGGAUGUGCUCGAUAUCAGCGAGAAAAUGUCGAGCGAGAGACAUAGCACGCGGCUCGAGUGGAUCAUCAUCGUGUUGAUAGCUAUUGAAGUCGGUUUUGAGCUCAGGAGACUGUAUAUAGAGAAGGAAGACACGUUUCAGCACGAGCUGCUAGCCGAACUGCGCGCUAUGCGGGCGGAGAUGAACCAGAGCACAAGAGUCGCGACCAGCCCUCGAUAAAAUAUGGCACAAAGGCAACUAGCAGGGUGAGAGGAAGUCGAGAGUGAAAUGAUACCCAACUCAGAAUAUAAAAAGAAAACAAAGCCAUGGGCCACAAUACUGAUAUGAAGAGCCUCGUUGUAGCGCAGAGACGAGAGUGAAAUAGGAAGGGUUUCUCACCACGUGCCAGGUAACCGCUUUCGGUUUCUGGCUAACUCAUUACGCCCGCUUUGCUUGCUAGUUUUCAGAGGUGCCCAGUCAAACAGAAACAAGUAUAUUAGGACCAUCUAUCUCAAAUAUAAAACCCCCUUUAAUUUCUUAUGAA